AUGAUGGUGGUGGAGGAGGAGGAGGAGGGGAUCGACAACGAGGAGGAGGCACCGAGACGGUCGGCGAGCUCGUCGGCGAGCUCAGAGCUGCGGUGGAAGGUCCCUCCCGGCGGAUCGCUGCUCCUCGAGUCCGUCUACAGCCGCGAGCCGUACCCGUCCGCGCCUACUCGCGCCUCGCUGGCGGAGCAGCUGCAGACGACUCCCCGGCGAGUGUCGACCUGGUUUCAAAACAAGCGCUCGCGCGACGACCCGUGGGCACUCAAGCGGCACCAGGAGCGCUUCGAGCGGAGCAAGGAGGAGGAGGUGGAGGAGGAGGAGGGGAGCGGCGGCGAAGAGGCCCCGCGCGUGAUCCUCAAGCUGGCGGGUUUCGAGGCGUGGGAGGCGGAGCAGGCGGCAGCGCUUGCUCCACCCCUGCGGCCUAUCAAAGGGAUGGUUCAAGAGAUCAAUGGAUUGAUCAAUAGGCAGCGCGUGAGCCGUGGAGCAAGGAGGAAGACGAGAAGAUCCUGGCGCUGGUGCGCACACACGGCCGCAGGUGGCGGCUGA